AUGAAGACAGUGAUCCUAAGAAUCCCGCAUCGAGGUGUUGACCAAAGCGGUUCCCAAGAAAGCCAUCCCCGCAACUUUUUGAAUUCCCCCCACUUGUUGAAGGAACCCGAGCAUGUCCAUAUUCUGAAAUACUCUCCAAGCUCUGUCCUUGACGACACCUUUAUCACCAUGACAGAAAUACUUUCGCGUUUGCUCUCCUUCCCACCCGCGACGCCUACACUGUCCAAAACAUCCGACGUAGAGUACGAUAAACAGAUAUGCGUUUUAUAUUCGGAUCUGAAGCGUAUACCUGCGCUUAAAUUGGUUGCAGACAUUCCUGGGAGAGGCAGUUUGUUGGAGCUGCUGGACCCGAGCACCCAAACGCUGGCCUACCUUUUUGUCCUACUAUCCCAUUACCAAGUUUCGCAGGAAAAGACCAAAGAAUCAUUACCGGCCAAAUGGCUGCCAGGGGGUGAAAUCUGGCGGAAAUCAGUAGCAUUAUUAGAAGUCUUCGACCCUAUUCAAGUCAGAUAUGCGGGCCAGGAAUGGAGGAGUCUUGUUGAUAUGGUAGCAAAAUCGGCCGAAGUCGCAUCACGACUCUACGUCCUUUAA